UCACGGAGCGGGAGGCGGAGGCUGAGGCGGCCGCUCCCGCUGCUGCUGCUGCUGCUGCUGCUGCUGCUGCUGCCGCCGCGGCUGCUCGGGCUGAGCGCGCCCCGGAACAGGCCGCCGCGCGCCGCGCACGGACCCGCAGCCCCGCCGGCCCGGCCGGGUCGGGCGGCCCAGGAGUCCCCAGAGCUGGCCAGGGGAUGAACCGCGAGGGUGCUCCCGGAAAGAGUCCGGAGGAAAUGUACAUUCAGCAGAAGGUCCGAGUGCUGCUCAUGCUGAGGAAGAUGGGAUCAAACCUGACGGCCAGCGAGGAGGAGUUCCUGCGCACCUACGCGGGGGUAGUCAACAGCCAGCUCAGCCAGCUGCCCCAGCACUCUAUCGACCAGGGGUCCUCCUGGAGAGCGAGGUGGUGUUGGGAGCUGUCCUCCUCUGCCCUGGGACCUGGGCCCCAGCUUCAUGUGCGCUCCAGGGUCUGUGCUUUUCCAGGACCGAGCUCUGCCAUUCCCGGAAAAGGACCAGGGCUCUACUAGCACUCCCCAGACAGGUGCAGAGGAUGUGGUGAUGGCGUUUUCCAGGUCAGAGACGGAGGACCGGAGGCAGUAGCUGCGAACCCCUUGGAACAGCCUGGAAGCUGGCAAGGGCCAGAGAUCUGUGUGGACCUCGGCCGGCUGAGUGGCAGCAGAUCACCUUCCCACCCCACCCCACCCCACUCCACCCCACCCCACCCCACCCCAGGCCACUCGGCGGGGCUGGCAUCGCGGGAGACACCAGUGGUGCAGCUACGAUUGGCUUAAAGGGAUGGACUCACGAUUGGCUGGAGGAAGAAACCUUUUUAUUUUUAAACCUUGACCAAUGGAAACCUUUUAUUUUUAUUUCUGACUCUUACUUUUUAAAAAAUUUGCGCCUCGGUAUAUGGCUUCCCAGGAAGCUCUCCGAGCUCUGGUGCUUUAUUUAGGUCACUUUUUAGAAAUGUGAAGAGGGCUGAUUGGCUACUUAAACUGGAAAAGGAUUUUGAUUGGCUGGCUAAUGGGAAACGGUUUAUUCUUUGAUUGGCUGCAGGUGUUCUGCUGAUAGCAACAGCUUCUCUCUUUCAAAUGCUGAAAACAGGGUUUGGGACAUUGGUUGUUAUGUUUGACUUGAAAAAAAAAAAAGAAAGAAACCAAGUGUGCUCUGCAGUAUUUAUUGCACACAGAGCUUGCUGCUGCUUUCACGCCUUUGGUUUGUGUUUCAUUGGAUUGGCUUUCAGUAUGUGAAUUUGGUUUCCCAUUGGCUCACCCAUGCCUCCCGUUGCCGUGGGGUUCCCCCCCCCCCCCCCCGCCGCUGCGUGCAGUCCCUCUCCAGCCUGGGGGUCCCCCUGGAGAGCGCAUUCGCUUUAAUGACCACACCUGGCUCCACCAGCAAGGGGGCCUCAAGGACUCUAAGCAGGGUCCACAGCUGGAAAACAGGGCCCCAAGGAGGUUUGCGCUGUCCUGAAGAGUGGCCCAGAGCUUAGAGGUGACCAUUAGGCAGGAUUUAUGUGCAUUGCUUCCAUGAGCUGGCGGCCAGCUAGCUUCCCUCCUGAGAAUGGAAUUGCUCAAAUGCUGUCCGGGCCCCUCUGGCCUCCCUGGGUUGAGCAGAGGAGCGCUGCGCUGGCAGCUCUGUCCUCUCGGCCAUUCCCUCCCUAUCCUGCUUCCUGAGGCCUCAUCUGGGGGCUCCUCCUGUAAAGGGCAGGAGUUGCUCCUAGCUGUGAGACCCCACAAUGCAGCAGAAGUCUCUGCCUGGGAGGCUGGAACCCUCACAAAGGCCUUGGCUUGGCUUACAAGGCCUGGGAGGCCUUUGGCUCCAAACAUCCACACCUGGCCUCCCUCAGCCAGGCCCCCCCCUGGGGUAUCUGCCGCUGGGGCAGUAGCUCCGGGCAGCACUCGGCGUUCUCUCAUCCAAGGCCCGUGCCCCUCACUGCACUGCCUUCAGAAGGAUCUCUCUCCAUGUCAGCCUGGAAGGGACAGCGUCAUUAUUUAUGCAGUGCCCACUGGGACCACUGGCUGGGCCUUCACUGAGCGAGUCCCACCAGGCUGGCCCUUACCCUGGCCCCCGGAAACACAUUGCAGUGCAGUGGUCUUUGAAGGGCUUCAGGAACCCCAAGUCUUCCACCUGCCCCCUUCCUUCCCCUGGAGGCAGCCCACCCUUCUCCCUGCAUCUCUCACAGAAGUGGAAUCUGGGUGGGGAGUUGGAGAAAGAUGCAGGCCUCUCCCCUCCCCCUGAGGAAGUAGAUGGCUGAGGCCCCCUUCUUGCCUCUGGUACCCAAAGUCAGGAGAAGACUCUUGGAGCCGCAUUUCCCCCUUCUCAGGGCUGUUAUGGAGCGCAGGAGCUGAACACCAACGUGUCCUGGGCCCGAGCCCUGGAGAGCCCCAUGGUGAGUGGGCAGUUCACGCUGUGCUCUGAUCAUUGUCUGAGCCUUGCCCCAAAAGGAGGACUCGAAUGUCAUGGCCUACACACCCGUGUCCUCCUCCACGUACACAGGCCUCUGGCCCUGGUUAGCUGACUGUUAGCCUGCAGAGGCCACUGAUCCCCAGGGGACAAAGACUGUGGGUACCCCAGCAGGGGCCUGAGAGCAUCUUCCUCCGGGGGAGCAGUGCAUGUGUACACAUGCAUAUGUGAGCACAUGCACACACAGACACACACACCUGCACGCUCACUCCCACUCAGUGGCCUGCAGCUCCAGCUGAGCCCCUGGGGAAAGGUGAGUUUUUUCGGUCUCCUCUGCGCCCAGGCUGUAACAUCUGUUAUCAGGCCUCAGCCGGCUGCCCCCUCCCUUUGUACCUGUAGCUCCCAUAAAGGGUCCACGUCCUGGCCUUUGCUGUCUUCUCUGCCCCAGCCUGUCCUUAUCAAGGUCAUGGGCCUUCCUCUUGUAACAGUGAUGGCCCUGAUCUGUCUCAUCUUCUGAAGGAGAAAAGUGAAAGUGUUGCUGUGGCUUCAUAUUUCAACUAAAAAUAUAUCUGUUGGAGAAAAAAUUAACAAUAAAGAUUUUUAAUAGCUU